AUGUCCAAAGUCCAAGAGCUGAGAGUUUUAGUGAACCAGAGACUGAGUGCAGCUGCUGAAGAGAUCUUUGAGCUGUUUGAAAGAACGAUAUUAGAGUACGAGGAGAAACUCUGUGGAUCUAAAGAGAAUCAACACAAACUUCUGGACGCUGUUUACAACCCUGAAGUCCGCUUACACAGAGCAGGUUUGGACUGUUUUCAUGUAUUUUCAGUUUCAAACUCCUGGUUUGAUUUUAUGUCAUAGUUUGUAUCUUUGUCUGUAAAAAAGUAAGUGUGUCCUGUCAUUGAUUGGUGUUUGGCAGUAAGAGGAAGUGCAGUUCUACAGAGUAUCCAUUAUUGAAGCAGGAGGUCAUCUGAAAUUAAGUCUAACAGUUUAUUGUCACUUCACUCUGCCUGACAUCCCAGAAACACAAAAACGAGGGACUUUAUCAAAACCCAGCUGGGAAACAGAACAGAACUCUGAUGACCUUAACACAUGCAACACUUGUGUAUGUGUAACACAAUUUUCUCACAACUCGUUUUCCAAUUUAUUUACAGAUAUCGACCACUUAAUAAAGAGUAAAGAAGAGCCUCUUCAUCAGCAGCAGAAGAGGAGCCUCAGUCUGGACCAAGAGAACCCAUUACAGAUUAAAGAGGAACAAGAAGAACUGUGGAGCAGUCAGGAGGAAGAGCAGCUUGGAGGCCUGGUGGAGGCUGGUAUCAACUCACAGAUAUUUACUCCUGUCCCUCUGAAAGGUGAUGAAGAAGAUCGAGAGGAACCUCAGUCCUCACAGCUUCAUGAACAUCAAACUGAAGAGAAAAGAGACACAGAGACUGAUGACAGUUAUGUUUGGGAGGAGACCAGUGAAACCCAGACAGGUGUAGACCCACUGCGAAAUGAAGAAAUGCCUCAAAGUGAGGACAAAUACGAUUAUAGAAAAACAUCAGCGAAGUCCUUUGAAUGUGCCAGAAAAGCCGUCCGUAUGAAUCAAAUUAAGAUCUGUAAGAGAGUCCAAAGACCAGAGAAAUCACUGAUUUUCUCUGUUUGUGGUGAAAGAUCCAUUUCUAAGAGUAGUUUAUCAGCUCACAUGGCAGGUCAUACAAAAGGUCAUCGUUUCAGCUGCUCACUUUGUAAGAAAAGCUUCCCAUUAAGAUUUGAACUUGUAAGACACAUGAGAAGCCACACUGGAGACAAACCCUUCAGUUGCUCUGAAUGUGGCAAAAGAUUCACACAGAAGUCAAAUUUACAGCGACACCAACUUAUCCACUCAGGAGACAAACCCUACAGCUGCUCAAUUUGUGGCAAAAGAUUUACACAGAAGUCAAAUGUGUACCUGCACCGUGUAGUUCACACAAAAGAGAAAGCUUUUAGCUGUUUGGUUUGUCUGAAAAGAUUCACUCAACUUUCAAGUCUCAAAAGACACAAAUGUAAAGGAGUCGCUCUGUCGUGAGUUGUCUUCAGAUGAAGUGCCAGAAGAAAUUUUUACCAAAGAGAUUUUGGCAUUUUUUUCUCUCACAUAUCUGAAGGGGAAAAAUAUUUUUUCAUGUUUGAGCCAAACUUAUGCUCCAUCAUUCCGUGUUAAAAGCAUUUAACUAAAAUACUUAACAAUGGCCAAGCCUCAGAUGAGCUGAAUAUGCAUUCAGGAAGUGUAUUCAAGAUUUGGACUUCCCCUUUUUCAAUAUGGACCUGAGAGGAAACGAUUACUGUUAAGUCUCAGUUUGUCUCUGUUAUUUCUGUCACUAUCUCAAUAAAAGUCCUUUAUAUGCGUUUUUUUCUUUGGUACAGUCAGAGUGGAUUUAUGGUUAUCAAGCCACGUCUCCUCACACAGCAGCCUGUUGUUUUGUCCUCAUCAUAAUUAUCAUGGUUGUUCUUUUAAGGUGCACUCUCAGUUGUUCUGUCUAUGAAGUCAAGAUAGACUUUAACAUAAAGUGUAUCAGUAUAGAUCAUAAACCCCUCUUCCUCCAGUAAAAUGACUGGAGCUGUGGACAAACUUUAAAAAUUAAUUACUCUGAAUAUUCAUUUUUCUCUUUCCUGGUUGUGAUGUAGACAUGUCGUUGUUUUAAGACUUGUUUAUGCUCAAGUCGUUAUUUCUGUGAAGCUCUGUUUUUUUGUAGUUAUUAGUGGUUUAUGUUUUCUGUGAUUGACAUGUGAUACAGCCUAUGGACAUAAGGUUACAUAGGACGUCCAGGGGUUAUACCCAUAGAUAUGAAUAGUAGAUACCUAUGCCUAUGGUGAGGCUAAGCUAGUGGGGCCAUCAUUCCAAUUUAAGGCAAUGCAUGUACAUUGAAAAUACAUCAUAUCUUGCUCAUUUCUCGACUGAUUUCCAUGAGGUUUACUUUAUUACCAUUGCCAAAACACGUGCUCUUCAUACAGGCCAUUUAAUUCAAAAAUAUUUUAAAAAGUUCUGUUUUAAUAGCACAUGUAUGUCCGUUGACAAUGAAGUAAACUGUAUGAAAAUCGGUUCAGAAAUGAGCAAGAUAUGAUUUAUUUUCAAUGUACAUGCAUUCCCUUUUACGAGAACGUUGCCCCCACCAAGAUGGCUGCCACGUAGGCACGUCGCAGAGCGUCAUCUCAGCGACUCUCCCGCCGAAUGCUACCGGGUUCAUACUAUCUACAGUCUAUGGUGUGAAAAUUUUGACCCCAAGUCAUGACAUGGUCUCUAUCUAAAAGGUGGUUAAGAUUAAAAUGACGCUUGUCUUUGUUUAAUCUGUGGUAUUUAUUUGACACGUUUAGGCCACUCUUAUUUUGAAAGCCAGGAAACACUCUAGUGAUGGGCACGGCAGUUCUUUUAGAUGUACUGAAUCACUAAAAUCGGUUCACUAAAAGAUUCGUUCAAAACAUUCGUCCACCAAAUCACCGAAUCAUUUAGCGCUUGGCGGAAAGAGCCUGUGACUCUGACCUCCUGAACUGAUACACAGCUGAACGGUUCAGGAUUCAGUUCAGUUCAUAGCGUCUAGGUCCGGGAGACGAGUGUUUGUCUGUGUUUCUUUGGCAAACAGGUUUGUAAAAAUGAACUUGUCUAUAAGUCAUGAUGUUUUAAGUGUACUGUCCUAUGGUAUGCUAUUUAUCAGGUCUGCUCAGUAAAUUGGGGUCAGUGAGUGAUUCGUUCACUGAAAGUUUAGAAGAAUUCACACUGAACAUGCACCAUUCCCUCACAAACAGCUGCAAUAAUAGGAUGCUGUGGGUUUAAUGCACUACUUGUUACAUGCUGUGUUCUAUUGUAUGAAAGUUGUUGUGGUGGCAAUUUAGCAGUGAAAAAAAAGUUAGUUUAGUCUGACAAAAAUGAUUCCAGAGAGUGUAGCUCAAUGUGUGAUUUGUUCACCAAAUGAUUCAGGCGUUGAUACAUGAAGUCCCUUGUUUGCCUGCUGCUGGCCUGGCAAUGCUGUAUCUCACUUCAGCUCAACUGAAGUGAGAAACGAAAGAAUCACUUGAGUAAGUGAUUCGGUUCAAUGCGUUCACUUAAAAAAUUCGACUAUUUUGAACGAAUCGUUCGCGAACGAAACAACACUAAAACACUCAGUAGUGGUGGGCAAAACCGGUCAUUUCAGUGAACCGGAUCAUUCCGGGUCGGUCAGUAAAAAGACCCGUUCUUUUCGGUCAUUUGUCAGCCCCCCCCCCCCCGCGGCCCGACGCUGUGACCACUGCCCACCCCCGGUCCACUCGGUCCAACGCUGCGAUCUCACUGCACUACUUGUAAUAUAAAAUUACAGUAGGACUAACAAAAUAUAUACGGUAUUAUAUUAUUAAUGGUUUGUAUUAUUUUGAGGUGCAUUAAAAACAAUAAUAAAAAGUACAGACAACAGCAACAGACAGUGCAAAUGCGUAUUAAUAGUUGUCUCUCUGCCUCUGGCUGCAGCAGCAGCUGUGUGCCUUUGUGUGUGUGUGACUGUCCCGCUCGCUCCGGCUCGGCUGUCGGGCCUCGUGCGGCGGCCACUCAACUCGGUCUUUCAGUCAACUCGUUCAUCUGUCUGGAUCUUUCGUUCACUCGGUCUCUCGUUCAACUCGUUCACCGUCUGGGUCUUUCGUUCACUCGGUCUUUCAGUCAACUCGUUCACCGUCUGGGUCUUUCGUUCACUCGGUCUCUCGUUCAACUCGUUCAUCCGUCUGGGUCUUUCGUUCACUCGGUCUUUCGUUCAACUCGUUCAUCCGUCUGGAUCUUUCGUUCACUCGGUCUUUCGUUCAACUCGUUCAUCGGUCUGGGUCUUUCGUUCAACUCGGUCUUUCGUUCACUCGGUCUUUCGUUCAACUCGUUCAUCUGUCUGGAUCUUUCGUUCACUCGGUCUUUCGUUCAACUCGGUCUUUCGUUCAUUUGACCCGUUCUUUCAGUCAACUAGGUCUUUCGUUCAUUUGACCCGUUCUUUCAGUCAACUCGGUCAUUCCGGUCUUUCAGUCAGCUCAGUAGUACUGCUGCUGCUUCUCUAAGCCCCACCCACACUCAGAACGAGGCACGACGAUAGGAUAAGCCAGGCAAGCAGUCCCUCUUCAGCCAAUCAAAAGAACUGAACGGUUUGAACGGGUCAUUUGGAGGGGGAGAACUAGUUCAUUUCGUUCAUCAAAAAGAACUAGUUCUUUUGAUCCGUUCGUUCAAGACCGACACACCACUAACACUCAGUAUCCCAGUAACAGCGCCGGAUUCUUGCUAGCAGGCUAACUUCUAUUGUUUAGUAGUAAUUCCACAAACUUAUGGUUCAGUUGAAGAGAAUGUUCACACAGCAUGUCUGAGAGACAAACAAGUGGGUGGAAUGUUUCACAUUAAAAUAAUCAUUGUUUUGUGAAGAAUGUUUAAUGAAGUUAGCUUAGCUUGUUAGCCUCGGAAUCUUGGUUAUUUUUUCCAGACAAAGAGUCCGUAGUUCUGUCAAAAUGUCCCAAGUCCAAGAGCUGAAAGUUUUUGUGAACCAGAGACUGAGUGCAGCCGCUGAAGAGAUCUUUGAGCUGUUUGAAAGAACGAUAUUAGAGUACGAGGAGAAACUCUGUGGAUCUAAAGAGAAUCAACACAAACUUCAGGACACUGUUUACAACCCUGAAGUCCGCUUACACAGAGCAGGUUUGGACUGUUUUCACGUCUUUUCCGUUUAAAACUCCUGCUUUGGUUUCGUGCCAUAGUUUGUAUCUUUGUCUACACUUCUGUAUGUGUAGCACAAUUUUUCCUUAAAUUUUCCGAUUUUCUCCACAGACAUCCAGCACCUGUUAAAGAGUAAAGAAGAGCCUCCACAUCAGCAGCAGAAGAGGAGCCCCAGACUGAACCAGGAGAACCCAUUACAGAUUAAAGAGGAACUGUGGAGCAGUCAGGAGGAAGGGCAGCUUGGAGGCCUGGUGGAGGCUGGUAUUAACACACAGAUAUUUACUCCUGUCCCUUUGAAAGGUGGUGAAGAAGAUAAAGAGGAACCUCAGUCCUCACAGUUUCAUGAACAUCAAACUGAAGAGAAAAGAGACACCGAGCAUCUAAAAACAGUAACUCAUGGAAAGGACUGUAGUGGAUCAGAUCUAGAGAGGAACUUGAAUCCAGACUGUCUUUUCCACCCAGAUUUUCAAGAAGAGGCUUUAAGUUCUGAAUCUCACACUGAUGACAGCAGUGGGUGGGAGGAGACCAGUGAAACUCAAACAGGUGUAGACCCUCUGAGAGACAAAGAAAUGCCCCAAAGUGGAGAAAAAGAGGAUUCUAGGAAAACAUCAGCAAAGUCCUUUAAAUGUGCUACAAAAGCUGGAAAAAUAAAACAAAAAAAGAAACACAACAGCGUCCAAAGACAAGAGAAACCAGUGAUUUUCACCACAGUUUGUAGUGAAAGAUCCAUUAAUGAGAGUAGUUUAUCAGCUCACACGGCAAGUCAUACAAAAUGUUAUCCUUACAGCUGCUCAUUUUGUAAGAAAAGCUUCCCAUUAAGAUUAGACCUUUUGAGACACUUAAGGAUCCACGCAGGAGAGAAACCCUUCAUUUGUUCUGAAUGUGGCAAAGGUUUCACAUUGAGAUCAAAACUGCGUAGACACCAACAAAAUCACACGGAAGAAAAACCCUUUAGUUGCUCCGAUUGUGGGACAAGUUUCUCAAUGGGUUCACAACUGCGUAGACACCAAAUUAUCCACACAGGAGAGAAACCCUUCAGUUGCUCUGAAUGUGGCAGAAGUUUCGCACUGAGGUCGGGUUUGUACCGACACGAACUAAUUCACUCAACAGAGAAACCCCACAAGUGUUCAGUCUGUUUAGCUGGUUUCCGUCAAAGAGCUCACCUGAUGCGACACAUUAGAACCCAUACAGGGGAGAAACCCUUCAGUUGUUCUGUUUGUAGGAAAACAUUUUCAGCACUUCGAUCCUUGAAACGUCAUUUGAUUGUCCACACAACACAACAGUAGCUAAGUUGAAGGGUUUGUGACAGAAGACUUUCACAUGUAAUAAAACUUAAGUGUGAAAGGGUUGUCCUUUCUGAGUGUGAGUGGACACCAAACAGCAGCAGAUAUUUUCACUCAGUUAAAUGAUUCAAAAAGUCAAUGGAAAGAUUCAAUUUUUGUAGAAGAUUGAUACCAAAGAUGUUUAUUCACAUGAGUUUAAGAGUCAAAUCAGGUUGAUCCCAGCUCAUCCAAAACAAAACAAGCAUUUGCUGCCAAUUAUGAUGAAUCUCAGACUCACUGUAAUCAGAUGAACCAGUUCUCCCAGCUGAAGCAGAAGUGGUCGCUGUAGAAGAUAAAUUACUUACUUCAUGAUUCAUCUUAACAUCCAUUAUAUUGUCCAGCGUUCUUAAUUAAUCACACUUAAGGGAGAGAAGAGUGGGAGGUUUGUGAUCAGAUGAGCCAGCACUCCCAGCUGAAAUUAGAUGGCAGUGGUGAGUAUCAAUCAGAGGAUAUCUCAAGGGAUAAAAUCAGUUCAUAAUUGAUGGUGUCUUCCCCUGUUUAUGUUGCCAGAGAGAAUGAAUAAUUGCUUUAUGUUUGAAAACAUAAUCCUGCGCUGAAACAACCUGACAGAUGUUUUAUUUGUGUGUGUGAACUGGCCUGUGUGGGGUUCCUACUUUCUGCAGUUGUCAUGAUCAGAACAUGUUGAGAAAAGCCAGUGUCCUAUAUUUUUUUUCAGACUAAAGUGAAUGCGUUCUUGUUAUUUGUUUUAAAUGUUCGAAAAAUAAAGGAUUAAUUGGAUGUUUGUUUGUUUUGUUUGGGGAAAGUAGGAGUCGUACAUUUAUUUGAAGCUUUAAAAUCCUCUCUGUUAUUUUUGCGAACAGAUCAUUAAAAUCCUUAAGGUGUGCUUUUGUUUGUUUCUGUCAGUGUUUUCAAAGUUGUGAAGAAACAUGUCUCCCAGUCCAACAGUGGAGCUCAUCGAUGCACUCUGCGAAGUAACUAUACUUGGUCCCUAACCUUCCUUAUGUACGACGGAGUUUUAAGGCCAUAUAAUUAAUUCACAAGAAUAAAGUCAUAAUCAACUACUUCUACUGUAUCUCCUUGCUUGAGAAACAUAUAUUGAAAAACAUUUUCACAAAUUGCUUCAUGGCUCUCAUUUCAACAACUAAUACUCCGUCGUACUUAUGCCACUGCAACAGUCUUGAGUAAAGAUAGACAAAAAAGUUAUAUAUGAUUAUUUUGGUCCUUUCAUCGACAUUCAUUCAGUCACACUUUUAUGUGAACACAUCAUGACAGACAUUUGGAAGACUUUUAUUUUGAAGGUCAACCAAGACUGUGUGAACCCCGUCAGUGAUGCUAACUCUGUCGUUAUGAUCUGUUUACUGUCAGAUAGGAAGAAAAACAACCAGAGCCUGUCUUUAAAUGGAUUUUACUCACAGUUUUUUUUCUGUUUCACCUCAAAAAGGAGCUUCAUGUUUUAUAAAGUUAACUCGGUGUGAAAUGAAGAAAAAUAGAAGACGAGGCCAAAACCUUAGCAGCGAGCUAACAUAAGGUAGCAGACAGAGAAUAAAGCAGUGUUUCAGGAGGAAGAGCUGCUGUAAUUUUACAAAUAUGUCAAAAGUCUAAGUGCUUAAAGAGAUGAUCGAUCAGCUGUUUGAAAGAGCACGAGGAACAAAUCUGAUCCGAUCCGAUCUGAUUUACAACCAUGAAGUCUGAUCACAGAGCAGGUUUGUACUGUUUUUAUUCCUAUGUUUUAUAAUUUAGAGUUAUAGGUCAGAAUGUUCGAUUUCUCAAUCAUUUGCAAGUGCAAAAACUGGAAAAAAUGUUAAAUGAAAUUGAAGAUAUAUUCUUUUUACAUGUUGAUCCAAGCAACAUGUUUCAAGAACGUUGGGACAGAUAUAAUAACACAGAUAAUGCUUUGUAAUUCUGGAGGAACACCAAAUUUACCUGCAAAUGAGGUCAACCUCCAUUAGGUUAGUCACAAGACAGGGUAUAAAAAUGACAUUUUAAAGGCACAGCUGGGUAGAAAAUAGACCCUCUCUGUGUCUCUCAUGAUGGCCGGGGAGAUGCACACACAGCUUACACGAAGGAAAAAUCCUGCUUAGUUUUUAUAUUUGUUUUCAUUUUUAUACAGGUUGUGCUAAACAUUAUGUACAAGCUGAGAGUGUGGCUGACCCUUUAUAGUCAAAUAACUUUAAAACUUGUGCAAACUUGAUUGAUUGAAGUUUAUUUUGAAUAUGCAAACCAAAAAUAUAAAAAACAGAAGAAAAAUAAGGCAAAACAUAUAAACAUAAAACAUAGAAAUACAUAUUCAAAAAGGAGAGAGAAGAAAAACUUAUGAACUCCCACCCCUUCCCUUUAAAUAAGAAGUACCCACACCAAGCUUCCUUCAACUUGUUCAGAUGUACCUGAUAAUUAUAGAUAAAUAAAGUUGAACUUUGCUUUAACUCCAUGGAAAACCUGAAACACAAAAAACCCUUCCUCUUUGUCCAAAUUAAAGUUAAUUUUUCCCCUUAAAUUAUAACUUCCCUCAUGCAUACUGAAUAAUUUCUGUAUAUUUAUUGGCAGAUGAUUACUUUUAGCUUUAAACAUGAUUUGAGCUGUUUGAUAAUCUACAAUCUUUGUGAAUUUUAACAACUUGGACUUGCACUUGUUUGUAUGUCGUGAUUCUCUGCAGACUUCCAACAGCUGACGGUGACUAAAAGAAGAGUUUCCUUUGAGCAACAGAAGAGGAGCUGUGAUUUGGACCAGGGGGACCCAACAGAACCAGCACACAUUAAAGAAGAGCAGGAAGAACUGUGGACCAGUCAGGAGGGUGAGCAGCUUCAGGGACCGAAAGAGGCUGAUAUCAGCACAUUUAUAUUUAUUCCUGUUUCUGUGAAGAGUGAGGAACAUGAUGGAGAGGAACCUCAGUCCCCACAACUUCAUAACGACACAGAGAAUUUAAAAACUGAAGUUGAUUUGGAGGACUGUGAAGGAUCAGAACCGGACAGGAAAUCUAAUCCAGACAGUUAUUUACAACCAGAAACUCGCGGUGAGACCUCACACUCUGAAUCGGAGACUGAUGACAGCUCUGAAUGGGAAGAGACAAAUGGAUCUGAGUCAACUUUAAACCCUCUGCCAAACAAAAGACUACCUUCAAGUGAUGAAGAAUAUAAAACUGGAAGAAAAUCAGUCAUCUCCUCCGACCAAAUGGACCAACUGCAGAAACGUAACAGAAUCCAAAGUCAAAAGAAACCAUUCGGUUGUUUGGUUUGUGGAACAAGAUUUUGCAAUAAGAAAAGUUUAUCGAUUCACAUGAUCCUCCAUACAAAAGGAAAAGGAUUCAGCUGCCCAGUUUGUAAGAAGAAAUGUUCUCUGAGAGCUCAUCUUAUGGAGCACAUGAGAAUCCACACAGGAGAGAAACCCUUCAGUUGCUCUGUUUGUGAUAAGAUUUUCACGAGAAAGUCAAAUCUGUACCAACACCAACAAGUUCACACUGGAGAGAAACCCUUCAGUUGUUUGGACUGUGAAGCUACUUUCCUGCACAAAACUAACUUGGUUGCUCACAGGAGAAUCCAUUCAGGGGAGAAACCCUUCUGCUGCUCAGUCUGUGGUAAAAGUUUCACACAGAAGUCAACUUUACACAGACACCUAAAAGUUCACACUGGAGAGAAACCCUUCAGCUGUUCUGUUUGUGGGAAAAGAUUUACAGAACAUCGAAGUCUGACACAUCACUCGGUUGUUCACACAGGAGAGAAACCGUUUAGUUGCAAAGUUUGUGAUGAAAGCUUUGCUCGACUUUAUCAUCUGAAGAAACACAAGUGUGCUGUUGAGGGCGGCGCAAACAAAUGA